AUGGCACAGCUUCGACAUCGCAUCACAGUCUUGAAGGACCUCAGUUCUCUUGAAUAUUUGGAAGCUCUUCAAGUCCAUCUUCUCCGUCUGAUGCACUCGCCAUUUAGUUGCAUCGCGGAAGUGGUUUUUGAUGCCGAUGUUACCGCCAUUGUAACCGAUCAUGUACUCAAACAAGGUCGGAAACCCCUCAGUGCUCUACAUGGUAUUCCUGUAUGUCUCUCCAACUGCUUCCCGGUUAAGGGCGAAGAUUGCAAUGCCUCCGCGGUAUUUAUGGCUGGCCAUAGUCAAAGCAAUGACUGUUGUCUAGUUCAAGACCUCCGCAAAGUCGGUGCGAAUCCAGUUGCUCUUGCAAGCACUGGUCUUCUUCCUGGUGAAAUUGACGCCUCAAGUAGACUCUAUGGAACGGUUCCUCAUCCCACUCAUCCCAACCGUGUUGUUGGUUCCACUUCCAUUGCUGUCAUUGUGGAACAGAAAGGGGCCUUCCUUGGUUUUGGCUUGGAUGUUUUGGGUGAUGUGCGGUUAGCCGCUGCAAAUGUUGGUGUGGUAGGUUUUAAACCUACAGCUCAACGCUUAAGCACUGGUGGAAUUGUGAGUGCAGUUAAUUUUCAUGAAUUUUUACCUCCAACUGUAGGGAUUGUUGGUUCGUGUGUUCCGGACAUCAGUGAUGCAAUGGAAUCGCUUGCCUUAGCCCACACUGAUCUCUCUACUCCUCCUGUGCCUUUCAAAACAGAUACCUCGAAAGAAAGUCUGACCAUUGGAGUCUAUAAAAAUUAUUCCAGUAUAUUUCAAGUUGUUCCAGCUGUACGAAGGGUUAUGGCCGAAGCUACAGCAGCGCUUAAGGCUAAGGGUUACAAUAUUAUUGAAGUGGAACUUCCAGACCCUGAAGAGGCCUUUUUUUUAGCCCUUCAAGUCAUCUUAUCCUGCGGUUCCCACUGGGAUAUUCACGUCGGUCAGCAUUAUGGAAGCAGUUUAACUUGGAAUGAAAUCAUCAAAUGUUGUCUUCCGAAAAUUCCACUUUCCUUACGGGGAUUACUAGGUCUUGUCAUUCAAUGUCAGCAGAAAGCCAAAUGCAAGGAUAUGAAACAGCUAUUGAAGGCAUGGAAGAAACCACUUUCCGCAGAAUGCAUUCACAAGGGUCUGGAGGCUUAUCGUCGUAAAUUCUCCGAUUUCUGGUCAGACGAGGAAAUUGAUCUCCUUAUCGGACCAGCAGCUCCAGCUCCUGCUUUGUUAAAAGGUGCGCCGUCAAGUUUGGCCCUUUUACAAGCUGGCUAUGCAACCAUCUUUAACAUCGUAAACUGCCCAGCUGGUGUAGUUCCUUUUAGUAAAGUCACUCAGGAGGACGUAGAGCUAGCAGCCGAGGUGAACGCUGCUCCCAAGUCCCUUAAUGCUUUAUUGCAGGCACAUCAAAAAACUGCAGAAGGCCUUCCGCUAGCAGUUCAGGUGGUUGCUAAGCCCUGGGCUGAUGAGCUGGCACUUCGUAUAAUGCAAGAGUUGCAAGAAGUUCAACAUUGA